AUGGCAGCCCACAGCGCCGUCUUUCCGGCGCCAGCAUCAUCGUCGGAAGACUUCGUCUCCUAUCAGCUGGCCUCGACACCGCAGCCGCAGGCCGCACGCCCGCUCGCCGCCGCUUUUCGGCCAGCUGCGCUCGCGUCCGAUGCCGCCCACUUCGGCUACCGCGAGGCACGCGCCCGCAGCGGCGAUGCCAGGCUCGUGCCGGCGCUCGGCAACGAUGCGGGCGGCAGCACGUCCAUCUCGCUGCUGCACCUGCCGACCGCAGGCAUCCCCACGCGCUCCUGGCGCGUCUCUCUUCCUGCGUCCUCAGACGAAGAGUCGACGGGCCCUCUGGCCAUCGUGGCCCAAGCGCCGCUAGACGGCUCAAGCCACAUCCAAGUCCUGGCGCGAAGAGCGAGGCGCGUGCCUGCGAGCGGUGCACUGCGAGCACGUACCGUCUUCGAUGUGCUGCUGCUGCGUCUGCCCAUGGACGGCAACACGCCAAAGUACAACGUCGAAGUCGUACCGGCAUGGACCGUGCAGGCAGAAGAGCCGCCAUACUGGGUGCAUCUAGAUCCUCGCGGCCAGCGGCAUCUGCUCCUCGCCGAGUCGGGCGUCACACUGCCGCAGCCGUCUGAAGCCACGCCGACAGCCGGUUCCAGCGCCAGCGCACUGCCGGCCGCGCCCGCAGAGCGGCCACGCGAGUUCGAGGCACCCAGCAGACGCCGCCCGCCGCCGUAUGUCUGGGCACAGACCUCAGACACGCUCACAAUGGCAUUCACGCUGCCGUCAGAGCUCGCGCUCAAGGCCGUGCGUGUGCACUUCUCGCGGCGAGGACUGUCCGCGACGCUGAGCCCAUCAGCUCUGCCAGGCGAGGCACGCAUCCAGGAGCUGCCAGACGGCCAGGACCCUGGACCAAGCGAGGAGCUCUCGCAUGCGCAGUCAACAGUGAACGCAUUGCAGGGCGGCAAGUACAUGAACCGGCGGCUGUGGGGCGACAUCGACGUCAACGGCAGCGUGUGGACCUUUGAGCGCGUCGCCUCGAGCAGCGGCGAGACGGGUCUGCUCUCGAUCCACCUCGAAAAGGCACAUGCUGGCACACGCUGGCCGCAGAUCUUCGGCGUCAAGCCGGCGCCCGUCAGCAUUGCCGAUGGCCCGCCAGACGCGGAGCGCAUGGAUGCCGAAGAGGACGAGGACGAGGAAGUGCCCGAGACGAUGGAUCCUACGCAGCUGCUGGCACAGCUCGAGGGCCUCGAGAAGUACACGGAGCCGUCAAAGGAGGCCGAUGCGCUCAGUGCUACCUGGGGCGGCGUGCCGGCGUCGGCGCCGCUCGGCACUGAGCGGACCAGCCUGCUGCAAGACGGCCUCGAGGACGAAGACGCCGACGUCGGCCGACCUGCGCGAUUGACUGCCGUCAUCGAGCAGGACGGCAAGGUCACGCUCAAGGAGCAGAUCUCCAACGCCGACGACCGCGUGCUCGCUGUAGCGCUGCCUUCUGCGCUACCAAGCGAGGCGCUCGUCGUCAGAGCCGAGCUGGAUGGCAACGUCUUCGACCCGCCCGCCGGCAGCUCCAGCGCAUGGAAGCCAUCGCUCGCGUUCCCAGCUCUGGCGUUCGUGCUGGCUUCCAAGCGUGACGCCCACCGCGUCUUCCUCGCGCUUUCGCCGAGGCGCGAUGUCGGCCACGUCCUGGCCUUUGAGGGCGCGCCGAACGUCGGCAGUGGCGGUCCACCACCCGGCGCCGGCAACCUCUUCGUCUACGCCACUCCCGCUACACCGAGCGCGCCGCACGCGCAGAGCAAAGUCGUGCGGCUGGGCAGCGACAGCGCGACCGGCGGCAGCGGCGCCCUCGUCGGCGUCGCUGCCGUGGCGUGCGGCGAGCGGCGCACACUUAUGUGUCUCUGCGAGCAUCAGCUGCUGCUGCUCGACGACCUCCUCUGA